AUGUUAUUAGUUAGAAGCCCAAUUAACACUGUUAAACCAUUAAAUCGUUGCUUACACGGGGCUACUCGAAGAUUUUUCCAAAGAUCGGAUAUUGCAUUCGUUUUCGAUAUCGAUGGAGUAUUACUCCGGGGGUCGAAACCAUUACCAACAGCUAAACCAGCAUUAGAAUUACUAAAUAAAUAUAAGAUCCCAUUUAUAUUAUUGACUAACGGAGGUGGUGUUACAGAGUCGUCUAGAGCUAGUUUCUUAUCUUCUUCAAUUGGGGUUCCUAUUUCUCCUUUACAAAUAGUUCAGAGUCAUACUCCAAUGAAAGCAUUUGCGCACAAUAAUCAAUUCGACAGGGUGUUGGUCGUAGGAGGAGAUAGAGAUAAUGCGAGGAAGUGUGCAAGUGAAUAUGGGUUUAAAGAUGUGAUUAUGCCUGUCGAUAUUGUGAAUGCUGAUCCUUCUAUUUCGGCUCAUCAUCGAAUUACUCCGGAGGAAUUUGAGUGUGCGUUAAGUCCAGAAAAGCUCAAUAUAGAAAAGCCUGUGAGCGCAAUCUUGGUAUUUAAUGAUUCCAGAGAUAUGGGCACAGAUAUUCAAAUAAUUCUUGAUUUAUUGAAUUCAGAAAAUGGGGUCAUUGGAACAAAGAGGUCCAAUGUCAGCACUAAAGAUAAGCAGAAACCCUCAAUUCCGAUCGUAUUUAGCAACAAUGAUUUUUUGUGGGCAAAUGACUAUAAGCUUCCGAGGUUUGGACAAGGUGCGUUAAGAAUAAUGAUUGAAGCCUUGUAUAAGGAAGUGAACGGCUUGAAAGAAAACGAGAAAUUGCAAUCAGAAAUUUUGGGUAAGCCGUUCCCCGUGCAAUACGAUUUUGCCCAUAAUGUUUUAAUUGACUGGAAUAAUAAAUUAUCAGAGAAUAAGACAGAUGAAAAAUAUCAAGUUUUACCAAAAUUGAACGAAAAACCGACCAAUUCGCCCUUUAAAAGGAUCUACAUGAUUGGAGAUAACCCUGCAUCCGACAUUCUAGGGGCUAAUAUUAACGGUUGGGAAUCAUUAUUGUUGAGAACAGGGGUUUACAAGGAUGAAGAUUGGGACACAAUUGUUGCAAAGCCUUCCGGUGGAGUUCAUGACGAUGUAUUAGAAUCAAUUAGAUUUGCAUUAAAUGAAAAUUCAGUUAUGUAG